AUGCCAUUUCGAGAACAUGCACUGAUGAAAUGUCCUUCUCGUAAUCUGUGCACGCCCACGAAUAAAGAGCUUUCAUACCCUUGGCCCCUCAUCAUACCUCGUGCGACCUAUCGCCGUCACCCAACUGCCACCGCUAGCCCAUGUGAUAGGCGGCAAGUCCGGUUCACGCGCUCAGUGUUAGGCUUCAGCGAAGGCUCACUACGAUCCUGGAAACAACGCUUGUCAGACUGCAAGACUACCUCUACAAGGGGCUAUCGAAAAACUCCACCUCAGGUCAGCCAAAACCAUAAAAAUUAA